CGUUGGGCGCUGUCGUGCGGAGAUGUCGGGUACUACCUAUCUAUCUCCUAGGUCGGCUGACCUGAUUUCCUGGAGUAUAUUAAAUAAUCAUUCAUUAUUCGGAACUUCAUCCUGUUCAAUAUCGACUUACGCCGCCGUCCCGCAGAAAUAGCCCCUAUUGAGGAUAGCAAGCGUAUUGUGCUUCUUCAACUACGACUAGACGUCCCACAGUUUCGCUACCCAGACCAUGCCGCACGCCACGACGCCCCUGCACGUCAACGACGGACUCCUGAGGCCUGAGCAGGUCGGGAGCCUCCGGCCUUCGUUUCCUGAUGAACCCCUAGCGGAUCUACGCGAGCGUUAUCAGCGCGAUGGGUAUCUCUUCCUCAAGGGUCUCCUACCGCGGAACGACGUGCUCAAAGCUAGGGAGGCCUACUUCGCCUUUUUAGAGCCCAGUGGUGUUCUUGCUCCCGGUACAAACCCCGUCGACGGGGUAUUUGAUGCCCAAAAGGACCAGCUAGAUUUCCCAGGAAUAGGUGCUGGCUCGGCCGAUGCGAACGGGCGCCCUCAAGGUGGUCUCUUCGUCGACCUCGCCCUACAGGCUCAUUCGGAGCCCUGGUAUAAGGAGGUAUUCUGCAAACACCCCGCCCUCCGGUCUUUCAUCGCCAAGUUCACGGGGUGGGACGACAACACCCUCGGCCUCACCAGGUCCCUGCUGAGGAACAACACACCCCACAACAAGGCAAUUGGCGUACACUACGAUCAGAUAUUCCUACGCCAUGGCAACGAUGACAGCAUGACUGCCUGGGUCCCCAUGGGCGACAUAGCCCUAGACGGCGGUGGGCUGAUCUACUUGGAGAACGGCCACACGCUUGGCCAAGAGAUCGAAGCCAACUUCUCCAUUCGGGCUCGGGAGACUGGUCUGACGGAGGAGGAGGCCAAGAGCGCGUUUAACAAGAACAUGACGGGUGGGGCGAUGUUAGCAGACGGCGCGAAAGACUUCUGCGAAACUCACGGACGUAGAUGGCUUGUUACCGACUACGAAGCCGGUGACGUUGUCCUGCAUACGCCCUACGCGAUCCACGCAUCGACCAUUAAUAAGGAUCCCAGGAACAUCAUCCGACUGGGGACGGAUUUGAGGUUUGUCGACUCGUCGAACACAUAUGACAAGCGAUGGCUGAAAGUCUUCGCGUUUGGAGACGGAGUCUAGGCGCGAUACUGUGACCCAAAAGUGGUUUAGCUUAUGAAUUGAGAGCAGCUGAAAUCUAAAGGGCCAGGCUAUACAAACCCAUAAGCCGAUGCUCAGCCACCACAUUUAUAUCUACAAAUUCAGGACUGCUAUUCCAAAUGACUUAGGCUACGUCAAGUUGGGGCUUGUCGACCGGUCCGCCUCGGUUCGUAAAUGCACCUACAGGAUCUCUCUUUGGGUGUGGAUCCCAAUGUGGAACGCCGUGUCAAUGUUUACCACGUAGUAUUACCUACCUAUCUAUAUACGCUUCUUCGUUGAAAGCAGAAUCCGAAGAAAUAACUACUCGACAAUACAAGCUCGAUCAACUAGGUGUAAAUCAAACAACA